CAGGGCCCCACAAGCUCGACAGGACAGGCAACCGGGAUGUCAGCUCCACAAUUCCCGGCCCUGGUUCGCUCGCUCUGCACGGCCUGGCAGGAGCUGCUCCGCGACAAAUGGCCGAGUGCCCGCACCCCGCCUUGCACUUUCACACACCUGGCCCUGGUUCACCCGACCUGCACCUUGAGACCUGCAACACCGGCAGCUGCCUGCGCCUCACUUUGCUUUUUGCGCCUCACGAAGCGGAAUCGACCUAUUUGCGACUGUGCGCCCCUUGGCCGCUCCGCGAGAUCAGACGCCGACCCGAACACGGAUAUAUAAAGAGUCGGUUCCCGCGCCCUUGCUGCCGAGCUCUCCGCCCUCCUCCCCCCGUCGCGCGGCCUUUCGCAGCGUGUCGCGCGGCCUGGCUCCGCCCGCAUUCCGUUGGGCACGGGAGGGGAGUUGCGACAGAUUCACGGUAUUUUGGGGCUGACCGCAAGCAGGAUGAUGUACUAGAGCCGCUGCGCUCUGAUCGCGACCCAGCCAGCCUGGUGUUGGGUCGCGCAGGGAACUGGCCUGCCUCUCGCGAUCCCGCGAUCUCGCCCAUCCGUCGUCGUCGUCGCCGUCCGCGCUGCCGCCGAGGCACCGCAUUCCGGCGCCGGUCCGAGCCCGUCCUUGCCAAACUCAUUCGUUCAUACCCCAGCCCCCUGGAGUCCAAUCGCUCCGGGACAUGGUCCUCCAGGGCCUCAAUGGCUACGACACCUUUUGAUAUACCCGCGCCCGGCAGUUCCUACGUAUUCGAUAUCUUCAAUGAUGCCCCCGCGCCGCAACCGACCACGCCGGCGCUCCCCGCCGGCCCCUGCAACUACACUGACCAGAACCUGCCACGCUGUGGUUGCCGCCGGUUUUGGAGCCGCGCGUCGCUGAGCGGAGGCAUCUUCCAGGACAAUGUGGUCUCCAACCAAGCCGAGGUUUGCAUGUGCUCGCAUCAUGCCUGCUUCCACGAGGACCUCCCACCCGGACAGACGCAAGCCGUGGCCACGGCGGCUGCGGCUGGUACCGCUGCUGCUGCUGCUGCUGGGGAACAGGAGAAUCAAAGGCCCAGGACCAACCGGGAACCGCUGAGUCCAGUCCAGGAUUUUGCUGCGCUGCGCAUGCCUCCCAGCUUGGGCUCGUCGCUGGACUUCAACUUGCUGAAUUUUCACACUUCGUUGCCUGCCCCACGGAUGGAGGCCACAAAUCCCUCCCAGUGUGAGGAUGCCCGCCCCGGACAGGACAGCCCAAUGCCGGACACGUUCAACAGCUGGGGCGACAUGCCCCGGUCUCAAGCUGCGCGUACCCAUGAACUCCCACCGUUUCCACCCCAGUGCCUGCUGUCGCCGCCACCCCCACCAUCAACUGCCGCCUCCAGCCAGGCGAGAUAUCUUAGGCCGUUCGCGGGGAAGGGGUUGCAGACGCUAAGUAGCGCCUCGGCCUUGCGAUCCGAUCAGCGCCGUUCGGAGUCAGCCCCCGAGCAUGACGGUGUUGAGAUGGCACAAAAUUCCGGGCACGUUGCAGCAGAUGCUGGAUCCACGCCUAAGGCGUCGCCCUCGCAGGCUCGUUCGUCGUCUGGCUCGGAUGCUGCGUACCAGAGACUGGCGGACAGGGUCGAUACGCACGAGCAACGGCUCGACAGACUCGAGAGCAAUUCGUUUUCCAUUGCCGGACAUGACGACUGUCACGACAAGUACGAGCACAUCGACCUGCGCGUUACUGACCUCGAGUCCCGAGUGGAUGAGGUGGAAAAGAUCCUCAACGACAACGGUAGUGUUGCUAGCAGCAGACGCAUUGUCAGGCAGAACGGAGGCGCCGAUGAUGCCACGGCCAGCGUUGUUUCCGUUUCGACCGAUGCGACAGCGCGACCGCCGAACCGCGCCGAGGUCUACAGCCAGCUGCAGCAGCUGCAGGCGCAAGUCAGCCAGCUCCAGGCAGCCGCGUUGCCGUCAUACACCAAACCUUGGGAGCUCGAGGUCGUCUUCCUGCCGUUCCCGCUCAAGGGCAUCUGGAUCGAGUCGAAAGAGUUCUCGAAUCAGCGCCGGUCGACUGGCUCGAAUGGCGAGGGCUGGACACAAAUGCCCAACACCCUAAGCAGAGCAACGCCAGACCCGCAGUCGCCUAAGUUUCAGGAGUGGCCAGGGCAGGGGCCCGAAUCGAAUUGGCUGCUGCCGAAGGCUUUCGCCUCUGGGCGUGUCAUCGACCAGCGGUUAAGGAGCCGCGGCCUGAUCAAGACGGUCCUCGUCCGAGGACCGGAUGCUCGGAGCGUCCAGCUUGCCGUCCACAACGCGUUUGGGGAUGUCUUGCGCAUUUCGUCGUCCCACUCGGAUGCCCGGUCUGGGUUCGCGCCCGAGUAUCCGCUGGCCGAAUUCCUCGGCCUGCGGCAAGCCUGGGUCCCGCUGCGCAAGCUUCACAAGGACUCGCGCCUACGCUUCCUCACGCCGGCCGAGAUGGCGACGCCGGCUCUGUGGGACUUCACAUUUCUGGUGUCGAGUGUUGUCAUGAAAGCGACGGGUAUCCAGCGGCUCUAUAUCACCCAGCCUGAGGCGUAUCUGCAGGACCACCCCCUGGGCUACCACGCCCUGGAAGCAGGCUGGACAUGGCAAAAGCUGCGUCAGCUGAGCAGGGUCUACCCCGACUCCCAGAGCAGCGCCGGCGACGUCCCCGAGGCCGACGCUCUGGAAGAGUGCUGGAAUUGGAAUGACCGCCUCGACGAGCCGCCAAGCGCGAGCGCCUCCGCGCUCAGUCUCCGCCAUUCGAUCCAUCAACGGGCGUCCAGGCGGUCGUCGACCGAACCGUCAACGCAAUUUUACACGGGGGUGCAAUCGCCCAUCCUCUCCAACGGCCCGGCUCGCUCCCGGACGCAAUCGCCCUUCAUCCAGCGGGAGCGCAAGGGUUCAUGGCCGCCACACAUCCGCGCCGGCUCCCUCCCACCCGUCGGCCCCGCCCUCAUGUCUCCAGCCCAAUCCCGCCGGCGCGUCUCGCAUGCAGCCAGCGCGACUCCAUAUGAGCGACGCUCCUCCCCGUUCGUCUCGCGCCCUAGCCCGCGCCCGAGCCCUCGGCUUGGCGCCAACCAUCACGUCAGCAUCCCGUCCACCUCGGUCGCCGCCGCAGCUGUCCCUAAGCGCCGCUUCACUCGCUCGCCGAGCCUUGUGCCACGCAACACGCCACGCUGGAGCCGCACCAGCAUGAGCCGCUCGCCGUCUCUAGCGCCCGGCGGCCCGUACGGCUUCCACGAAGAGCGGGACAACAGGGAGCGCCGGACCACCCCGUUCUACUACGCGACGCCGCACAGCGAAGCCGUCCACGAGCCGUACGGCUACCACCGUGCCGGCAGCCGCGGCCCGCCUCCCACUGCGACGUUGAGGACGAACGGAUACGAUCCCGACGAUGACGAGGACGAGGACAUGGAUUACACCGACACCGACCGCGGAUCGGAGACGGAUCCAUACGACAGCGAGAUGACCAACCCGGACGACGAGAAUCAUCACCAGCAAUCUCAUCAUCACAGCAAUUCGGGGCAGCGCGGGGCGAGGCAGAACGGAUCCUUUGGAUUCGCGAACACGGACGGCGACGGCGACGACGCCGAUCUGGACAUUGACGUGUACGAGGACGAGGACGAAGACGAGCUCGACGGCGUCGACACCGACGGCGGGAACAACAACGAGAACGAGUGGCACGGCUUCGGCCGGCAACUGACUUCGUCGCCUCACCAUCACCAGCACUACAGUCACCACCACCUGCUCCACCACCAGCAGCAGCAGCAGCAGCAGCCGCUCCGGCCGGAGGACAUCCCCUGGGCCGGCAUCGAGGACGCCGACGGCGAUAGCAACAUGUCGGACAGCGAGAACGUCGACCCCACCACUACCGCCACCGCGUCGUCGCAGUCGUCGCAGGCGUCGCAGGAAAUCCACAUCCACCAGGACGACGACGACGACGGCGACGUGGAUGGCGACAGCGACGUAAUCAUCACUGCUGCCCAUCCCAGCAACCCCCGCUCACGCGGCGAGCAGGGUGGUCAUAACCAUGCUGCUGCUGUUGCUGACGCCGCCAACGCCGCCGACGACGACAGCGACAACGACGCAGGAAGCACCACCAGCAGCAGCAGCAGCCAGGCGCCGAGCGAGUACUCCAGCAAGCCGGGUGCCUGGCAGAUUAUUCCCCCCGCCGCCGCCACGCCCACCGCCGCUCCCGCCCCGAGCGGCCCUCCUCCUCCCCAUCCUACAACUGCCACCACCACCACCCACACUCCUAUCGCGACAACUGCUGGCCCUGCGGGUCCUGCUCUGGCAACGACCGCCGCCGGAGGGAACAGUGGUGGAGCCGGUCUCAAAACAGGCCGUCUGACCAGCCAGAGCGGGUCGAUGACGGGGAUGGGGUUCCGCAUCCACGAGGACGGGACCGCGACGGCCGGCCGGCCGGGCGCUGGGGAGGAGGAGGACGACGACGACGACGAGGAUGAGGAGCUAUUGGAUACGCAGUGGGGCUGAUCUUUAAAACAUAUGCAUGCAUACCUAAGCCAUCUCCUCUUUUUGGGGUAACUAACUAUACUACGAUGACG